AUGUCCGCCCUAGACCCCCGAGACGCGCCGACCCCCGUUACACCUGGGCAAACUCGAUCAGAGACGCCCAAUGAGGGGGACGAGGCUGAGCGGCAAGUGACGUCGGCUGCCGUCGAAUCAACAGCGCAAACACAGCAUGCGACUUCAACCACGGAUAGUGUAGGAAGCGCUCCGUUGGAAGAUAUGAGAGAAGGAACCUGGAACGCAUCAGAAGCCGAAACUCAAAGGCUAUCGGACAUGCCACCGGCGAUGGAUACUCCACGCACUGCGUCUGAGAAAGACGCCGCCCCGUCAGAGCAGAUGGGGGCGCUCUCAAUAGCAAACGACAAAACGGAGCAGAAAUACGUAUCCGACAUGGGUGCGACCCCGCCCCCUCCCCCGGAGAAGGACGAGCCCUACACCAACCGUACCGGUACUACCGAGUGGACGGAGAAAGAGCUGCCAGAAGUGCCGAGCGGCGAUGAAAAGAAGGUGGAUAACGGCAAAGGGCGCGCGAAGGAUGAUGAUUCUCAGUCGGAAAUCCAGAGCAUCAUGGGCCAGUUCGCGGAAGCUACCCAGGAUGGGGUUCAGGAGCAGGUUUUGUCCCCCCGGAUGGAAUUGGCUGAGCAGUUUCUUGGGGCCCAGAGUCAUUUCCCACCGAGGAAAUCAAGCUUGGAUCAUGGGAUGGCCGCCGGCACCAAUCAGCAAACCCCCAAAGCUGGGUCUGCGUCUUCGUCUACCCUCGAAAAACAGCCUGGAACGAUUGCCAAAACCCUCCAUAGAAAUUCCACUGCAGAGGAAUUUACCUUGACUCGGCGUUCCUCGACAUCAACGAUUCCUCCACCUCCUGAACCUGAGCCCGACCAACCAUUCGAUUUCCACCGCUUCCUCGAACAAUUACGGCAUCGCACCGCCGACCCUGUCGCUAAAUUCCUACGAUCUUUCCUCCACGAAUUUGGGAAACGUCAGUGGAUGGUACACGAGCAGGUCAAGAUUAUUAGUGACUUUCUCGCUUUUAUAACGAAUAAGAUGGCAGCUUGCGAAGUAUGGCGAGACGUAUCAGACAGCGAAUUCGACAACGCGAAGGAGGGCAUGGAGAAGCUCGUGAUGAAUAGACUCUACUCCCAGACCUUCUCACCUACAAUACCAAGUCCCCCAUCGAUUCCGCGGAGCGCGAGCAGAAGCAAGCGGCGUGAGAUGGAGAGAUUGCAUGGACCGUGGAGGAAAGGUCAACACCAGGAAGAUGUUGAGCGGGACGAAGUAUUAGCGCAAAAGAUGCGGAUCUACAGCUGGGUGAAGGAAGAGCAUCUUGAUAUCGCACCUGUGAGCUCGUCCGGCCGCCGAUUUCUGAACCUUGCUCAGCAGGAACUGCUGAAAAUCAAUGGCUAUCGGGCGCCUCGCGACAAAGUCAUCUGCAUUCUCAACUGCUGCAAGGUCAUAUUUGGUCUAUUGCGGAAUGCAAAGAAAUCCGACACUUCGGCAGAUUCGUUCAUACCACUUUUAAUCUACGUCGUACUCCAGGCCAACCCGGAGCACCUGGUGUCCAAUAUACAGUAUAUCCUCCGGUUCCGUAAUCAGGAAAAGCUUGGUGGAGAGGCUGGCUACUACCUAUCUUCUCUGUCCGGGGCCAUCCAAUUUAUCGAAACACUAGACCGGACCAGCCUGACCGUCAGUGACGAAGAAUUUGAGAAAAACGUCGAGGCCGCUGUAUCAGCUAUCGCCGAGCAGCACCGUGCAUCCGAAGCGUCAGAUCCAAGGACGUCAACCGAGAGCGCACCUAGGCCAUCGCGCAAAUCCGCCGAUGUACCGCGCAACAAUCCCAGUCGAAGGGACCAGUCACAAUCUAGGGAGGAAGAUAGUGCACCAGUAGCGGGCUUAUUGCGAACGAUCCAAAAACCAUUAUCUACCAUAGGGAGGAUGUUUUCGGAUGAAACAGAACCUCCGCAAGACACGACACCUCGUCCUGAAAUCUCACGGCGGCUCACGCCUAACGUAUACCAACCACCCCGUGCCAGUGGCGAAGAGGUCCGGCGAUCUAGUGAAAGGUCCCGGUCACGUACCGCACAGCCUUCACCUUCACGAAGGCUUGAUGCUCAAGAUGCGGCUGCCCGCCAGGCCAGCGCUGAGGAUGCGCAGGCCCGACGGAUUCAGCGCGCCGAGCAUAACAACGUAGUUGAGACGCUCGCGAAUAUGUUUCCCAACCUUGACCGUGACGUGAUUGACGAUGUGGUCAAGAUGAAGGAGGGAAGGGUUGGAUUGGCGGUAGAUGCGUGUCUUGCACUCAGCGGGGGUUAA